AGGGAGCCGGUCGGGACGCGGAGGAGGCCGGUGCCGCCCGUGCCUGUGGUUCCUGCGCUGCCCAGCAUGGGAUGCGCGUGAGCCGCGGGUCUCUCUUCCCUGUGGGCGGCGGCGCCUGGUCCCGGGGCGGCCGCAGGAUGUCACCAACUUGCCAUACCUCUGCCUUGCUGCUGGUCUUUGUGGCCCUGGCUGUAGCGGGGGCCGAGCAGUCAGAAGAGAGGAGCUGUGAUGUGGUUGGUGAUGAGAGCAGUGAGUCACAAAUGGAGAGAGCCCUGCUGAAGAAGCUGGAGCCCCUGAGCCACAUGAGGUUUAACGUGACUGUGGAGAAGGGCAAAACAGAAAACUACAUCUACCAUUUCAGGGUGUGCAGGGAGGUCAACAGCACCUCGCACGACUUCGGUGGCCUGGUGCAAACAGACAAACAGAAUGGAAAGACCACGGUGAUAGGAAGAAUCAAUGAAACCCAGGUCUUCAAUGGAAGUGACUGGAUCAUGCUGAUUUAUAAGGGAGGUGAUUCAUACGGCAGGCACUGCAGUGGUGAGAAGAGGCGAGCUGUGAUAAUGAUUUCUUGCAAGCGGGGAGUGACAGCGAGUUCAUUCAGCAUUAUUUCUGAAGAGCGGGAAAAGGAGCAGGAGUGUUUCUACCUCUUUGAAAUGGACAGCAGUCUGGCUUGUCCAGCUGAGAAUUCCCACCUCAGUGUUGGCUCCAUUCUACUGAUCACGUUUGUGUCACUGAUUGCAGUCUACAUCAUUGGUGGGUUCCUCUACCAGCGCCUCAUUGUGGGAGCAAAGGGCAUGGAGCAGAUUCCUCACUUUGCCUUCUGGCAAGAUCUGGGCAAUUUGGUGGCAGAUGGCUGUGACUUUGUGUGCCGAUCCAAGCCUCGGAACGCGCCAGCCACGUACCGCGGCGUGGGGGAUGACCAGCUGGGAGAGGAGUCAGAAGAACGGGAUGACCACUUGCUGCCCAUGUGAUGGGCUUUCCACACCAAGAUCUUUUCUCCCCAUCUCCCCAGUGCUUGUUUAGCCAGGUGCCUCCCAGCCAGUUCUCCUUCUCUCACUUCUGAUUUUCUUUACACUGUUUGCUUCCGCUGUCUCCGGUGUGUCAAGUCCUAUGGAUGCCUCUGGAUGUGAACAGAACUGCUUCCUAAUGGCAUGUCUUAUAAAUAUAAUGCUGGGUUGGGUUUUAAAAGUGCAGCAGAGCUCAGGGGAGAAGUGUUGACAGUUGAGCAGAAAACAGCAAUAUGAGUGUUCAGCACUGAGCAGGAAUGGGAGAUAAAUCA